AUGGGUUUCAUUCAGGAAAUUUAUAUUGGAAUAUUAGUAUUUUCGUGCAUUUUGCAGCAAAAUUCAGCUGCUGGUGUCCAGUGCGUCGUUUGCAAUUCUUACCUUGAUGGCCAAUUAUGUGAACCAUGGGAUCAGUUUACUUUCAUAACAAAUUGUUCCAAGUAUCCUGGAAUUGAUGCAUCCAAACCUAUUGGUUGUCGGAAGAUCGACCAAGUUGUUGAAAAUGAAAGACGUGUAGUGCGCCAAUGCAGUAACAUUGUGGAUAAUUUGGGCUGUAUUGAUCGUGUCGGUACAAAUGAUGUACGCAUUCGCUAUUGUCAUUGCACAGGUGAUUUAUGCAAUUCAGUAACCUCAGUCAAAUCACAACCCUUUUAUUAUUUGUAUCUGUUAUCUGCCUUAGUUUUUGGUGUAAUGAAGUUAUUAGUAUGUGCAUAAAUUCAUUAAGUUUCUUUCCUUAUCUUAGUUUUUCAAUAUAUUGAUGAAUAAAUAAAGGAAACAUUUAGAUUCGUGUAGAAAAGGGGAAUAUAACAGCUAGUUUUUGCGUUUGUGUCUCUUUCAUUAUUUCACACUUCCUUUUACUCAAAUUCUUUAAACUUUUGUUAUCAAUAGAAGAAAUAAUGCUAAGAAGGAAGCAAAAAAGAAACAAUUUUUAGGGCGGUUUACUUUGAGAAGAAACUCAUUACAUCCAUUCAUUUAUCUUUUUUGUGUAGAGAGUUUAUUGUUUAGUUGAUUGAACCAAAUAAUUAAUAAAUAAAUGGCGUUUAUACAAGUUUUGAGUUCACCUGUGAUUUAUUUUAAUCCUCCUAUACUUCUGUUAAAGUGAACACUUAGUUAUUAGUUAGUUGUAUGUUCUCUUUUAUUUAUUUAUUAUUUUUAAUAUUCUUGUUGUUGUGAGAGUAGAGCUAUUUUGCUUUGAUAAUCAUCAUGACUUUUGGCAGUAUAAUCAUUGUUUAAGAUACAUAUACAUAUACAAUGUAGAAUAUAUUCACUUAUUUGAGUAACUGUAUGUAGUCACUAUGCAUACUUUAUUAAAUCGAGUAACGUUAUUUUACACAGCUUUGUGUAACAAAACAAAUCUGUUUCUCAUUGCUUUUGGUAAUUUUCUUUGUUAAAAUUGAUGAAUAGCCCUGUUUUGUACGGCUUAAAAUGAACAAAUCCAUUGUUUUACAAAAAUAAAGC